UCAACGACUUUUCUAAACCAAAUAUAGCCACGAGGGUUUCCGCACUUUUUUUCUCUCUACACCCCCAAGAAACCCUAAGUACUCGUCGGUCUUGGAGGCGCUUCCGCUCAACUCUCUACUUCCUAUACGAAACAAUGGUGCGAGUUAGUGUAUUGAAUGAUGCUCUUAAGAGCAUGUACAAUGCGGAGAAACGUGGGAAGCGCCAGGUCAUGAUCAGGCCAUCCUCAAAAGUGAUCAUCAAAUUCCUUCUGGUUAUGCAGAAGCAUGGUUACAUCGGGGAGUUUGAGUAUGUUGAUGACCACAGGUCUGGCAAAAUUGUUGUCGAACUUAAUGGAAGGCUAAAUAAAUGUGGGGUUAUUAGUCCUCGAUUUGAUGUAGGUGUCAAAGAGAUUGAAGGCUGGACUGCAAGGUUGCUCCCCUCUAGACAGUUUGGCUAUAUUGUGUUGACAACUUCUGCUGGUAUCAUGGAUCAUGAAGAGGCUAGGAGAAAAAACGUUGGUGGUAAAGUGCUUGGUUUCUUUUAUUAGGAUGAGUUUUUUUCGGGAAUGAUUUGGAAUUUUCUGCUUGAGAUGAGUUAUAUGAUGUAUUUCGAACUUCCUAAUAUAGAUCAGCUCUAUGUUUCAUUUGAUUGAUGCUUUUUUUUUUUUUUUUGUGGGUAGUGCGUUGUUACCCACAUCAAUGGAACGCUGUAAUGUUUCAUUUUGGGUUAAAGUAAUCAAUGGGAACCUGUAAGAGCA